GGAGGUCAUGUUUUGAUGCUUACUGUAUCUUAAACUAAUUCAUUUGCACUCAACGUUCAAAGCAUUACCGAUGUUUUUUUAGAGAAGAAAGUAUCCAAAUAUUUAGUCGUUAUUAUUUCAUCGUUAUUCUAUGCAUAUAAAUAAAUAGAUACAUUUUUAUUGUGCUAAAGUAAAAAAUGUCUUACAGUGUAAGAAUUAGAAAUCUACCUAAUAAACACGACGAGGACGCAUUGCUGCGUCUUUGUGCAUCUUUUGGUGAAGUUAUCGGUUACAAGUUGGUCGGUAAGGGCACCUUAAAAAGACAUAGAACAGACGACAGGGAAAUAAAUGAAGAGGUCUGUACCGUAGAAGUGACGUUUGAAGAGGAAAAUGAUGCAAAGGCCGCAGCUGGAAACAUGGAAGGAAUGGAGUUUGGUGGAAAAUUUUUGCAAGCUUUCUGCCUUUCUUGACUGACAAUAUCUUAUUAAAUGGGUAUCAUGUCUUGCUAGAAGGAUUCUGUAUAUGGAACUAAUUAACAUUUCGGCGGAAAUGAAUUUACUGAUAAUAUUAUCCCCUUUCUAACCAUAGAAGCAAAGGAGGUGCACCAUCUA